CGCUUUGCGAGUGAGCUGUUGUGACAAGUGCAUCGGCACGACCUGCAGCCAUGAGUUCCUCACGGGAAGUCAGGAGCCCGCCCGCCCCGAAGAUGAAGGGGCUGGAGCAGAGUUUCCUGUACCAGAGACGACAGAUGGCCCACGCCCAGGCGAGAGAGCUGGCCGCUUCCAAUGCAAGAACACCACUGCACGAGAAGGAUUUUCAGGCCGAGUUUGACAAGAUUCAGGAGAUCAUGAACGAAGUGGGAGGUGUGACGCCGCUGCCGAAGACCCCUCGGUCGUUCGCACCGAAUCUGGCCCCGCCUUGGCAGAUUCGGAGCCCUCAGGCCGAGAGAAUGAGAGAACUGAGCAUGAAUUUGGGGGCUUCGGAGUGCUCUCGCUGCCACGAGGGAUUCGAGCCUAACGAGAAGGUCCUCAACUCCAAUGGCGAGCUUUGGCAUCCACAAUGUUUUGUGUGUGUCCAGUGCUUCAGGCCCUUCCCAGAGGGGGUCUUCUAUGAGUUUGAGGGACGAAAAUAUUGCGAACAUGACUUCCAGGUCCUCUUUGCACCAUGUUGUGGAAAAUGCGGGGAGUUUAUCAUUGGCAGGGUGAUCAAGGCCUUGAAUGCCAAUUGGCACCCACUGUGCUUCCGCUGCAACAUGUGCGACAAAGAGCUGGCUGACCUCGGCUUCAUCAAGAAUGCCGGCCGUGCCCUCUGCCACGAGUGCAAUGCCCACGUCAAGGCAGCUGCUAUCGGCAAACACAUAUGCUACAAGUGCAAGCAAGUUAUUGAAGAAGGGCUGCUACGCUUCCGUGGUGAGGUCUACCAUCCGUAUCACUUCAAUUGUGCCUCAUGCAGUGUGGAACUCAACUCAGAUGCGAGGGAAGUCACCACGUCCCGACCAGGCUACUCGGCCAAUCAAGUGAAUGAGCUCUAUUGUUUGCGUUGCCAUGAUAAAAUGGGGAUCCCGAUCUGUGGGGCAUGUCGCCGUCCCAUUGAAGAGCGGGUUGUGACAGCCCUUGGGAAGCAGUGGCAUGUGGAGCACUUUGUGUGUGCGAAAUGCGAGAAGCCGUUCCUCGGCCACCGGCAUUAUGAGCGCAAGGGCCUGGCAUACUGCGAGACCCACUACCAUCAGCUCUUUGGGAAUCUCUGCUUUGUCUGCAACCAGGUCAUCUCAGGGGAUGUGUUCACAUGCUUGAACAAGGCAUGGUGUGCAGAUCACUUUGCUUGUGCCCUGUGUGACACUAAGCUGAACCAGAAGAGCAAGUUUUUUGAGUUUGACCAGAAGCCAGCAUGCAAGAAGUGCUAUGAGAAGCUACCCAUCGAGUUGCGUCGACGGCUUAAACGCAUGCAUGAGGAGCAGGCCAAGAAGGGCAGCGUCUAACUCCGUACAACUCUCUUUUUACCAGUUUUGAAAUUUGAUUCUUGAGUGAGGCUUAGGUCACACUGUAAAAUUUGCUUAGAUUUUUUAGUACAAGUUUUUGGGAAUUGGUAACAGUAUCAAUAUCUCAGGAUAAAUUGUGACAGAAAAAAAUUACUGAAAAUUUAUUAGGAAAAUGAAAUUUUACAGUGUGAACUUAGCUAACAAGGUGCUUCAAAUGUUUUUUCCUAUUGACUAUGCUGCAGCUAAUCAGUUUUUGAUGUUUUCAUUGUGAACUAAUUUUUAAGAAAUGAACGUGCCUUCUAACCAC